AUGCGUCCAUUCAGUCAUGCGACGCAGAGUUCAUGGGUAGGCCUAUUUGCUACAGCUCUCCUAGGCACCUCAGUCGUGAGAGCACUUGAGCUAGAUCUUGAAGAUGGAGACUCCAUCAAAAAAGUCGCUAAGCAGGUCGCGACCAACAUGAUGAGCUACUAUACCGGCAUGAACCCUGGUGACAAUCCCGGAAAUCUCCCAGAUCCCUAUUACUGGUGGGAAGCUGGUGCGAUGUUCAAUUCUCUCAUCGAUUACUGGUUCUACACAGGCGACGAUACCUGGAAUGAUGUCACAACUCAAGGGCUACUAUGGCAAGCCGGGGAUAACAAAGCAUUCAUGCCGAACAAUCAAAGCAAGACCGAGGGAAAUGAUGAUCAAGCUUUCUGGGCAUUUGCUGCCAUGUCUGCCGCAGAGCGAAACUUCCCAAACCCGCCCGAUGAUCAACCCCAGUGGCUUGAAAUGGCACAGGCAGUCUUCAACACCCAAGCACCCAGGUGGGACACUUCUUCGUGCGGUGGAGGUUUGCGCUGGCAAAUCUUCACGUGGAAUAAUGGUUACAAUUAUAAAAACACCAUCUCCACUGGAGGCUUUUUUAAUCUGGCUUCUCGUCUGGCCAAGUAUACCGGCAAUCAAACAUACGCAGACUGGGCUGAAAAGGCAUGGGACUGGACCGCCGAUGUCGGUUUCAUGACGCCCGAAUAUAGAUUUUGGGAUGGUGCUAGCGACCUCACAGAAUGCAAGCCAAUCAACAAGAUUGAAUGGACAUACAACGCCGGAGUUUAUCUGCUGGGCGCUGCCAACAUGUACAAUUUGACGGAAGAUUCAAAAUGGAAAGAUCGUACCCAGAAGAUCGUCGAUUCUACCAGUAUUUUCUUCUCUCAUGACCCACCCAACGUGAUGUAUGAGCGAGCUUGCGAAACAGUCAACACCUGCAUGGUGGAUCAACGGUCAUUCAAGGGCUAUUUGGCACGGUGGAUGGCUCAGACCACUCAGAUGGCUCCUUUCACAUACGACCAAAUCAUGAAACGACUGAAGGCUUCUGGGAUGGCAGCUGCCAAGACUUGUACGGGGGGUGUGAACAACAACGUCUGUGGUCUCAGGUGGGUCGACGAAAAGUGGGACAAAACAAAGGACUUCGGCCAGCAAAUGGCUGCCCUCGAAGUGAUUCAAGCAAACCUCAUCUCACGCGUGUCGGCCCCGGUCACCAAAGAUGAUGGUGGUACGAGUAAGGGUAACCCGAAUGCAGGCUCCAAGCCCCCAAAGACAGUCCCUCCCGGCCUUGACUACCCUAUCACCACAGGCGACAAAGCCGGUGCAGGAAUAUUGACGGUGCUGGUACUAAUUGGCAUUGGCGGGUCCUGUGGAUGGUUGAUUUGGGAUUGA